CAUAUUAUUUCUCCUCCGAUUCCAAAUUCCCACAUCACGCACUCAAAGCUCGAAUAGCCCCGUUUAGCUCACAGUGACGGCAGCAUCGCCGGCUCCGACUCCGUCGUCAACCUCCCAACAUUGUCACCGGCGACAUAUUCAAAUUUCAAACCUACGGAGAUCUCUUAACAAAGUAACCCUUCUUCAGCUCUACACUCAGAAUGGAUCCUCUUUCAGUUCUCCGCGAAUACACCAUGAAGGACGACCUGAACAAGAUCGUCCGCGUUAACGGCCAGUUCCGCUUCGGCUCCGAUUACUCCUUCCCUUGCUCCGCCGAAACAGCGUACCGUUCCAGAGAAGGCAACCUCUACACCCUCGAAACGCUGGUCCAUUUUCUCCAGUGCGCGAAUCUCAAGCACACCGACUAUCUCCAGAGCUGCCGCGCCCAUGGCGUUCCCUACAUCAGUUUAGUCGACCGGAAGCCGCUUCUCGACUACUUGAAGGGGGUAAUCGCCGAUUCCGACGCCGUCGUUUUCCCUCCAUCAUACCUGCGGCCGCAAGAGCAAAACCCUAAUUCGGCUAGAAAUCUAGGUCACGAUUAUUAUGACGCCCCCAAUUUCGACCCCCUUAACGAUGCCGCCGUCGAGGAGAUGGAUACUGAUCAGAAUGGUGAAGUGAAGGAUAUCUUGUCAGUGAUCUGCUCGAUGGAGAGGCCAUUGAAGGAUCGGGAGUCUCUGCUGCAGUGUAAGAAAAAGGAUUUCUACAGCGUAUUGGAUUCCUCGAUGAAGAGGGAAGAUGAGCGGCAGAGGAUUGAAUCGCAGCAGAGGAAAGAUGGGUUGGUGUCCAAGAGCAGCAGAUUGAAUGAUGACAGGGGGGCUGGCUAUGGCGAUGAUAACGAUUCAGGGAUGAAGCCGAAACUAAGAGGGAAAAUUGGGGAAGGAGUGCCUAUCAUCUUGGUUCCUAGCGCGUUCCAGACUUUGAUAACGAUUUACAAUGUUAAGGAGUUCCUGGAGGAUGGGAUUUACAUACCUACGGAUGUGAAGGUGAAGCAAAUGAAAGGGGCGAAACCAGAGUGCGUGACUGUGCAAAAGAAGUUUAGCACUGAUAGGAACAAGGUGAUGACUGCUUAUGAGGUUAGGGAUAAACCUUCUUCCCUAAAGUCUGAUGAUUGGGACCGGGUUGUGGCGGUUUUUGUGCUGGGGAAGGAAUGGCAGUUCAAGGAUUGGCCUUACAAGGAUCAUGUGGAGAUUUUUAAUAACAUUAUUGGUUUCUUCAUGCGAUUCGAAGAUGACAGCAUAGAGUCUGCAAAAACUGUGAAACAGUGGAAUGUGAAGAUUAUCUCGAUUAGUAAGAACAAGAGGCAUCAGGACAGGGCAGCUGCAUUGGAGGUGUGGGACAGACUGGAAGAAUUUGUGCGCUCACGAUCACAUUCUUGAAAACGUGCAUCAAUGUUGAAAGUUCGUAUCUUUGUUCUGUAAAACAUACAGUAAUCAAGAUCUGUGUGAGCUCUGGUGAUAAUUAGCUGUUGUUUUUCCCAUCUACGAUUGAUGGAAUACACUUGAUGUUUAUUUGAGGUGUGCAUGGUGGUGGUGGAUCCAGGUUCCAAUAUUUAUGGCUGAAUUUCAAGUUGUAUGAGAAAUUGAUUCACCCCACAAGGGUCGCUUCAGGAAAAGAUCAGUUGAGUGAGAUUGUUAGUGUUUCGCGUUUGAACACUGGAAUUGGUUUGCAGUGUAUACUCUAUAUUCAGUAGAGCUUUUUUCUCAAGUUAUCCUUUGGGGCAACUCUUUUUCACAUAUGUGAUGUUUGGGUUCUGCUCUAACAUAAUGAUUCGCUUGAAAUUAGGGGUCCCGAAAUCUAUGAUUAUCAGGCAGCGGCUACUUGAUCCACAGAAAUCCUCUGUGGCCUUUGGUGCAUAGUUGUUGAAUCUAACUUAAGUUAUUUAUCAGUGGUUUGAGUGGUGCCCUGAUCUAAUUGUAGGAGGGACGCUGUUUGUUAGAUACAUAGCUCUACAAUGGUGGAUUAGAAUGUUGGUUAAUUUCCUUGUUGAAUUGGCCACCUGUAUGUAGUCUACUUGCCCUUAGAACUAUGAAAUCCAGGUUCAUGCUAUGAUAAAGCAAAAAUUUGAAUUCUCCUGUACUUGUUUACUGGGACACAUACCGGCCAAGACUUCUUCACUGCAGCUACAAUUUCUUAUUUUUACCACCUACUUGAUGGACACUAUUUAUCAAAAUUACACACUGUCCUGGUUUAAUGUGUUUGAGCAAUCUAGAACUAUAUGUCUCAGCUAAUUGAUUGCGCUUUUUGCUUUCAUUUCUAUUUGGAACAGAGACGAUAUCAGAAGCUGUAUCAGGCUAUCAUCACAAUUCACAAAGAUGUGGAUAAUUUAUUGCCUUGUCAUGUGAAUAUGUCAUCAAGGACAGAUGCUGUCGGGUGUUUAUCAAUCUCCUCCAGUGGCAAUCACUUGGUUCCAUUGCAGGAGGUGGGUUCUUUACUCCCUCUCCUGUUUUCCCUGUAUUUGUCAAUUUUCAUCUUUGUCAAGGUUGCUUUGGGUGUAAGUAGGUUGAUCAUAUUGCUAACUAACUGGUGAAUUCUUUUUACCUUUCUGUAGGCUUUUACCUUCAAUACAAUAAGACAGUAAUUCACCACUUUGCAGGUUAGUCAGUCAUACUUGAUCUUUUUAGUUGCUUAAUUAGCAAGAAACAAUGUGUGGCAGAGUACAAACAUGCAAUCAUCCCUGGAAUUAGCCUUCUCAUGUAUAUAUGGAAACUUCUAAUUCUUACAUGAUUUGCAUACACAAAUAACUAACACAGUCCUGGCAGUAAUACCUCAGUUAUUCAAUCUUGCCCAUAUGUUACAUGAUAAUAUAGCAAUGGCUGAAAGCUUUCUGAUCAGGGAGAGCAUCAGUAUCUCAUGGAGGCAGAAUAACAAUAUGAGGCUGCU